CCUCACACACGGACGUUCGGGCGCUGCAGCGUUUCUCUGAGAGUUUUUUUUUUUUUGUUAAAAAACAAAAAAGUGCCGCGAGAGGAGCAAAACAAUGUUCCGAUCCUGACUGAAAUUGAACGGAUUAGCAGUCUAUUCUGAGCGCUAAUGAGAUUAGAGAGUCAUCGCAGACAUGGGUCGCAGUGGCAUGGUACCUUUUGUUGAGCUCCUUGGGGAGUGUUUUUCCUGUCAGUUCUUCAGCGCUGGAAAUGGCGUUCUGAUGCUGAGCAAGGAAGACGCAGCCGUGGCGGAUGCCAGGGAAUAGAAAUUACAUGAUUACCUAUGCUGGUCUGUGGUGUGGAUUCGUAGUAGCGGUGGACAAAAUGAAAUACCAGAAGUACAUUACUGUUAUGCAGAUGGCUAUGGGAGUGACCGCCUCAAACAAAGACAAUUGCCUGCCUCCGAAGAGACGGAUGUGGGUGACCCCCAGCUCCGAUGCCUCCACGGCUGCGGCCUCGUCGGUGAGCGUGAGCCAGGGCAAGCCGUCGCUGCGUCGGAUCAAGGGCCGGAUUCACAGGAGCAAGAGCCUGGACAGCAUCGACCUGCUCGACUCCAACAGUGCAGCGAUGGAGGAAACUGUAAUAUGGGAACAGCACACAGUGACCCUUCACAGGGCGCCAGGGUUCGGGUUCGGGAUAGCCAUCUCGGGAGGUCGGGAUAACCCUCAUUUUCAGAGCGGGGAGACCUCCAUCGUCAUUUCUGACGUCCUGAAAGGAGGCCCGGCGGAGGGACUGCUACAGGAGAAUGACCGGGUCGUGAUGGUCAAUGCCGUCUCCAUGGAUAAUGUAGAGCACGCGUACGCUGUGCAGCAGCUCCGGAAGAGCGGGAAGAAUGCGAAAAUAACGAUCCGGCGGAAACGGAAGGUGCAGAUCCCGGUGGCACGGCUCGCCGACCGCGAGACCAUGUCGGAGCACGAGGAGGAAGAGGAGGAGGAGGAGGACAGCUACGACGACGAGACGUACGAGGACAGGAGCGCGCGCAGCGGCCCCAGCGCCUACGGCGGAGCGGGCGGGGCGGCGGGCAGGCGGAGCGAGCGCGGGGGCGGCGGCCGGCGGGACCGCAGCGCCUCCCGCGAGAGGAGCCUCUCGCCCCGCUCCGACCGCCGCUCCCUCGCCUCCAACCUGCCCCCCCGCCCCGCCAAAGUCACCCUCGUCAAGUCCCGCAAGAACGAAGCAGAAUAUGGGCUGCGCCUGGCCAGCCACAUCUUCGUGAAGGACAUCUCCCCCGAGAGCCUGGCGGCGCGGGACGGCAACAUCCAGGAGGGAGACGUGGUGCUGAAGAUUAAUGGCACUGUAACAGAGAACCUGUCCUUGAUAGACGCUAAGAAGCUGAUCGAGAGGUCAAAGGGCAAGCUAAAAAUGGUGGUGCAGAGAGACGAGAGGGCGACGCUGCUCAACAUCCCCGACUUGGACGACAGCAUCCCCUCGGCCAACGCCUCCGACAGAGACGACAUUUCAGAAAUUCAUUCACUGGCAUCAGACCAUUCCAAUCGAUCACAUGACAGAAACCGCAGCAGUCGGUCGCGCUCCCCCGACAGGCGGUCCGAGCCCUCAGACCUUUCCAGGCACUCUCCACAGCCAAUCAGCAACGGCAGCCACAGAAGUCGAGAGGAGGAGAGGAUUUCAAAGCCAGGGGCACUUUCAACUCCUGUUAAAUUAGCCGAGGACGCGCUAAUCUCCAAGCCAGCCGAACAGCCCGGGGCCAAAGAGGAGACACUGAUUCCCCCGCUGCCAGAGCCCAAACCAGUGUACGCCCAGCCUGGCCAGCCCGAUGUGGACCUUCCUGUGAGCCCCUCUGACGCCCCUGUGCCCAGCGCUGCCCAUGAUGACAGCAUUCUGAGACCGAGCAUGAAGCUGGUGAAGUUUAAGAAGGGGGAGAGCGUGGGGCUGCGUCUGGCCGGAGGGAACGACGUGGGCAUCUUCGUAGCGGGAGUGCUGGAGGACAGCCCUGCUGCCAAGGAGGGCCUGGAGGAGGGCGACCAGAUUCUCAGGGUAAACAAUGUGGACUUCGCUAACAUCAUCCGAGAAGAGGCCGUGCUCUUCCUCCUCGACCUUCCCAAAGGGGAGGAGGUCACCAUUCUGGCCCAGAAGAAGAAAGAUGUGUACCGGCGGAUCGUGGAGUCGGACGUGGGCGACUCGUUCUACAUCCGGACCCACUUCGAGUACGAGAAGGAGUCUCCCUACGGCCUGAGCUUCAACAAGGGCGAGGUCUUCCGUGUGGUGGACACCCUGUACAACGGCAAGCUGGGCUCCUGGCUGGCCAUCCGCAUCGGCAAGAACCACCAGGAGGUGGAGAGAGGGAUCAUUCCCAACAAGAACAGGGCGGAGCAGCUGUCCAGCGUGCAGUACACCCUCCCCAAAACAGCAGGGGGCGACCGCGCGGACUUCUGGAGGUUCCGCGGCCUGCGCAGCUCCAAGAGGAACCUACGGAAGAGUCGAGAGGACCUCUCUGCCCAGCCAGUCCAGACCAAGUUCCCGGCCUACGAGAGGGUGGUGCUGAGAGAGGCUGGCUUCCUGAGGCCUGUGGUGAUCUUCGGGCCCAUCGCUGACGUGGCGCGGGAGAAGCUGGCCAGAGAGGAGCCCGACCUGUUUGAGCUGGCGAAGAGUGAACCCAGGGACGCCGGGACGGACCAGCGCAGCUCCGGAAUCAUCCGUCUCCACACCAUCAAGCAGAUUAUCGACCGGGAUAAGCAUGCGGUGCUGGACAUCACCCCCAACGCGGUGGACCGGCUGAACUACGCGCAGUGGUACCCCAUCGUGGUGUUCCUGAACCCCGACAGCAAGCAGGGGGUGAAGAACAUGAGGACGCGGCUGUGCCCCGAGUCCAGGAAGAGCGCCCGCAAGCUGUACGAGCGCGCCCUCAAGCUGAGGAAGAACAACCACCACCUCUUCACCACCACCAUCAACAUGAACAGCAUGAAUGACGGGUGGUAUGGAGCUCUGAAGGAGACCAUCCAACAGCAGCAGAACCAGCUGGUGUGGGUUUCAGAGGGCAAGGCGGACGGCGCCCCCGACGACGACCUGGACCUGCACGACGACCGGCUGUCGUACCUGUCGGCGCCGGGCAGCGAGUACUCCAUGUACAGCACGGACAGCCGGCACACCUCGGACUACGAGGACACAGACACGGAGGGGGGCGCCUACACCGACCAGGAGCUGGACGAGACGCUGAACGACGAGGUGGGCCUGCCCGCCGAGCCCGCCAUCACCCGCUCCUCGGAGCCCGUGCGCCAGGACCCGCCCGUCAUCCAGGACCCGCCCGGCUACGCCGGCUAUCAGCACGCCGUGCAGCCGGACCCGCUGAACCGGAUAGACCCGGCCGGGUUCAAGUCCUCGGCACCGCAGCAGAAAGCAGAGGCUGUUCCCGCCAUGCCUUGCCUCCCCCAGCAGCCUGAGGCUGUGACAGCGCCCCCUGCUGUCGACCACUCUGUACAUGUAGCUGGUAUGAGCCCUGAGGAGCCUCCUUCAGCUCCCCAAAGCGACCCCAGCCCCCAGGCUGGCUCGCUUAGGAGACCCACCCCCGAGCUAACCCAACCCCCGACACACGAGCCCCUCCAAUCCGGACCGCCCAAUUCCGAACCAAAGAUGUACAAGAAGGAUCUGUACGGUAUGGAGGAGCCGAUGAGGCCGAGUCACGCGCUGAAGCAGCCUCCGCCGGUGGCGGGACCGCCCCUGACCUACGACCCCCAGCCCCCAUACCAGGACGAACAGCCAUACAGAGAUUACGAGCACCCCCCCUACCGCUACGACGGGGGCGGCUACCUGGAACCAAAGUCUCGCAGCUUCGACUCACACCUGCACUACGAGAACCGCGUGCCUCACUACGACGACCAGUGGUCCCCCUAUGACCAGCAGACCUCGCCCCAGGCGCCGGGGUACCAGCCGACGCGCCCGCCCUUCGAGAACCAGCACCCCGCCGGGUACAACCCGCGGCUGCCCUAUGACGGCGGGGCGGAGCGCGACUACAGCCCACCUCAGCCCCGCUACGACGAGCCCCCGCUGAGCUACGACGCCCGGCCGCGCUACGGGAAGCCGGGGCCGGCGCCAGUGCGCUACGACGAGCCGCCCCCGCCCGCCCCUGCGGCGUACGACUCCCGCCCCCGCUAUGAGCCGGAGCCCCACCCCUACCCCCCGCCCGCCACGCACUCCCCAGAGCCCCCGAAGCAGUACUACGACCCCGCGCCGCGACCGGCCUACAGCCAGCCGCCCCAGAGCCGCGCCUACAAGCCGGGCCCGUACGAGCCCAUGCUCAACUCGGAGGCCCCCCCGCCGCCUCCCAAACCCGAACCCCUCACCCCCGCUGGUGAUGGUGUGGUCAUUGCCGCGCCCAAACCCCUGCCCCCGCCCCCGAGGGAGGAGCCUGAGGACGACCCCGCCAUGAAGCCGCAGUCGGUGCUCACCAGGGUCAAGAUGUUCGAGAACAAGCGCUCCGUGUCUGUGGACCGGGGGAAGGAGGCGGGAGACUCCGCGGGGAUCAGGCCGGCAGACGUGCCCCCCAAACCCAGCAUUCCCCCCUGCUCUGUUCCCAAAGCCAAUUCCCUCAGCCACCUGGACCAGGAGAAGACCGCUUACAGAGCUCCAGAGCCCCAGACCAAACCCCCGGAUGACGUGGUGCGGCCCAACCACUACGACCCUGACGAGGACGAGGAAUACUACAGGAAGCAGCUGUCCUACUUUGACCGGCGCAGUUUCGACAGCAAGGCACCCCCCCAGCCCGCCCCCGCCGUCAACCGCUUCCCCGAGCUGACCAAGCCUGCACAGCCGCAGGCCCAGCCCACGUACAACUACUCCAGAUUUCAUGGCUCUUACUCUCGCUUUGACCACCUGAAAAGGAGUCAAAAGGGCAGGGCAGAGUCGGUGGAGAAGGCGAGUCCCGUGGAGAAGAGAUACGAGCCGGUGGCCCAGGUCACGCCCCCUCCCUCUCAGUACGGCCAGCCCAGCCCCGCCGUCCCACCCGCCACGCUGCCCAAACCCGCCACCGCUGAAGUGAACCCCCUGCCCGAUCCUCACGGCUCUCCGAAAUCCAAGCCCGACCUGUCAGGGCUCCGCCCCACCAACCGCGAGGACACGGUCCAGAGCAACUACCUGCCCCAGAAGAGCUUCCCGGAGAAGUCCCCGGUGAACGGCACCGACCCGCCCUCCAAGCCGCCGGCCACCUCCAGCUACAACCGCUACGUCCCCAAGCCUUACACCAGCUCCGCCCGGCCCUUCGAGCGCAAGUUCGAGAGCCCCAAGUUCAACCACAACCUGCUGCCCAACGACACGCAGCCCAAGGCGGAGCCCGUCUCCAAGCCCGUGGCCGCGGUGCCGCCGCCCGGCCCGGCCAGCGCCCCCGGCAAGCCCCAGGUCUCCCCUCAGCCGGCCGAGAUGGACAGCGGGCUGGACAACAGGCCCAAAUACCAGCACAACAACAUCAACGCUGUGCCCAAGGCCAUCCCAGUCAGCCCCAGCGCGCUGGAGGAUGACGAGGAGGACGAAGGGCACACGGUGGUGGCCACGGCCCGGGGCAUCUUCAACAGCAACGGCGGCGUGCUGAGCUCCAUAGAGACGGGCGUGAGCAUCAUCAUCCCGCAGGGGGCCAUCCCCGAGGGCGUGGAGCAGGAGAUCUACUUCAAGGUCUGCAGGGACAACAGCAUCCUGCCGCCCCUCGACAAGGAGAAGGGAGAGACUCUGCUCAGCCCCCUGGUCAUGUGCGGCCCUCACGGCCUCAAGUUCCAGAAGCCUGUGGAGCUGCGCCUACCUCACUGUGCGUCUAUGACCCCCGACGGUUGGUCUUUCGCUCUAAAAUCCUCCGACUCCUCGUCGGGUGACCCCAAGAGCUGGCAGAACAAGUCUCUCCCCGGGGACCCCAACUACCUGGUGGGCGCAAACUGCGUGUCGGUGCUCAUCGACCACUUCUGAAGAGGGAAACAGCUGGUCUGUUACUGAAUGUGAACGCUGGCGGAUCAUUCUCGUACACCCAAUACCCCACACCCAGUACCCUGUACCCCAUCUCCCUUCCCCCACCCCUUCCCCAAAUAAUAAAAAUCAACCACCUGUAAGCUGGGGUCAGCACCGCUCAAUGAAGUAUUAACCCUCUGACCUCCUUUUUAGAGUACCCACAGAAAUCACAAGAGGACGGAGGCCGAUGUUCUAACAAGUGCUGUUCUGUUUCUUUUUCUUUUUGUUUUGCUUUGUUUUUUUUUUUUUUUUUAGGUCCUUAAAGGCUCGCAACACAAAAAUAAAAAAAGAAAAAACUUUUCAAACCAUUAUUGGAACUCUUGCCCUGUGCCACUGGUUGAAUCCUGUUUUCAGCCAAGUUCUCCUAGUGUCUAUGUGACUGCUUUGUGAGGAUUUUAAAUUUGAAGGAUACUACACAAGUGGAAGUAUAUUUCAGAUGUGUUUGUAUGUAUGGGUAUGUGUGU